AGAUAAAGAAAGCAGCUAGAUUCGAUCCUCUGAUUGGCUGUGCUUAAAUGCACGGCUACUUUUUGUGGAAGGACUAAGAAUGGAUGCUUAAGGAGAUGUUGAGGGUUUGUUGCAGACCAUGUGCUGAGACUAUAUAAUUUUCUCCACACAUGUUAUUGUGGAAAGAGAGAAAGAAUGGAAGUUGUACGAGAGGUAGAAGGGCAGUUGAAGAUCUAUUCAGAUGGCUCUGUGCUGCGCCUUCCACAUCCCACACUGCCUGCAUCUUCACAUUUUACACACGGCGUUGCUUCCAAGGACGUCAUUAUAAAUCCGGAAACGGGCGUCUGGGCUCGCAUAUUCAAUCCGGAAACCGCUGCUGAAAAACCGCCUUUGCUGAUAUAUUUUCAUGGAGGAGGGUUCUUAGCUUGUUCCACAGCCUGGGUAGAAUACCACACUUUUUUUCACAAUUUGUGCAAGACUUCCGGUGUAAUAAUUGUGUCGGUAGAUUACAGGCUGGCGCCGGAGCACCGGCUCCCGGCGGCGUACGAUGACUGUACGGAGGCAAUCGAAUGGAUCGCAAAGCAGGCUUCCGGGCGCGCAGAGUCGCCGGAGGAGUGGCUGUCGCCGUCCGUCGUGGAUUUUAACCGGUGUUUUCUUGCCGGUGAGAGCGCCGGAGGGAAUAUCGUUUACCACGUCGGACUGCGGAUUGCUGAGGUGGACGUGAGGCCAUUGGUGGUGAAGGGAGUGAUUCCUAUCCACCCCGCCUUUGGGGGUGAGGAAAGGGUCGAGUCUGAGGGGUUAAUGUUUUUUGAAACGUGCAAAAUCAUCUGGAGUAUAGGUCUCCCGGUGGGAUCCACCAGAGACCAUCCAUUCUGUAAUCCGGCGGUUUCGCCCCUGAAGCCUGGUUUGAAAUUACCGCCGGUUUUGGUGGCCCUUGCAGGAAAGGAUGAACUUAAAGUGAGAGGGGAGAUGUUUUAUGAAUAUGUGAAGAGUUGCGGGAAGGAGGCGGAAUUGAUGGUGGAGGAAAGUGGAAUCCAUGCUUAUCACAUUAUCCUUCCGCAGUAUGAAGGAACUCUGCGUCUGAUACACACCAUUUCCGACUUCAUUAAUGGCCGUUAAAAUCACUUUUCACGAUGUUAUAUUUUGUGGAGCUGAGUCAAAUAAAUUGCAUAGUAUAGUAGUUUCUAACCGCACUGCUAUCUUGUUCUAGCUAAUAAUUGCUGGACCUAUAACUCUCCUGUUUUCUUGUAAUACUUUUUGUCCUUGUUCAAUCAAUUAUUCAGGAAAGUCGGUUGACAGAUUUUA